AUGAAAGAACGGAUCCGUGAAUUUGAAGAAACACUCAACCAACGUGAUCAGCAAUUGAAAAAUCUUGAAUCUUUAGUUACUAAAUUAAUGUUAGAUCUUGCAAAACACGAAGCUCGUGAGGAAACAUUAAACAAAAAAAUUAAAGAACUUGAACGUAAAUUAGAGGAUCAGCGUCAAUUUGUAUCUAGUUCAUUGGAUGAUUCCAAACCUCCACCACUUUAAACAUUUCCUGAACAAAUUGAUUGUGGUGAACAAUUGAUUAUAAUAAUGUCAAUUCUUUUACCUUUUUGUAUUAUAUUUUCUUUACUUAUUUGUUGGAUAAUAAAACCUUAUCCACAUCAAGCAUCAAAUGUUAUUGAAUUUCAAUGUAGACAAGAAAAAAAUAUUGAAAUUUUGGAUGAUUAA